GGGUUGCGGAGGCUCGACUUGGCCUAACCAAGGCCUCUUAUUGCGGUGCGGCGAGACAAGAACGUGCUCGUUCGUCAAGGGAUUGACUGAAACAUUGUAAGCGAUCGCGAUCAGUCUCUGGACGAGCAAACCAUACAUCUACGAUGAGGGUGCGUAGCAGGGUCAAACUGGCUCUUUGACAUGGCUGGAACUCAGUUUAAAAGGGGACGAGAGGGGAGUGAAGGAACGUUGGUAAGAGAGAUACAUGACCGUUUAAAGACUGAGAUGGGUAUACUCCGGUGGGUAUAUCAAUCAACUUGUGUUCACCCACAUGCUCUCAAAAUUCAGGCAUAGCCGGACAGCACCGGGCCGGAGAGCCGCGGCUGCUUACUGCGAUUGAUCGAGUGUACACCAGGAUUUACCCUCUUACAGUUACACUCACCUCCACUUUACUUGUCUUUUCAUGGAACUUCCCCAGAAACGCCGACGUGUUGAACGGUCUCCGUCCCCUGUGUAUAAGCUCGACUACGAUGGCGAUGACUUUCAGCCCUACAUCCCAGUUGCUCAACGGAGAGAAGCCAAGUUGGCAAAGCUGACUUCCUGGGGAGCCAGCACAGACAAGGACAAGUCGAAACGUCUACAACAAGAACAGGAGGAGCGGGAAGAUGAAGAAAGAGAGGAGGAACGCAGGAGGGAGAAGGAGAGGAAACAGAGGACGCUGCUGAUGGAGGCUCAAGAAGUGCAUGACAAGAGGGCUGCGGAAGACGCGAAGAAAACCAACAUUGAGAAGGCUGAAGAACAAGAUGCUGAAAUCCUUGCGGCCAUUGCGAGUCGUCGUAAGUUAGCAUCCGACCUGGAGUUGGCUAAGGGUGUGCAAUACAUGGAACCUUUACAGUCUACAUGGCGACCUCCACGAUUUGUUCGUGAACGAUCAGAUGAAGAACAUCGACGACUUCGUGAAAAGUACCAUAUCAUUAUUGAGGGUGAAGACCUGCCACCGCCGAUAGAGAAUUUCACGGAUAUGAAAAUUCCGGAGCAAAUGGUCAAAUUCCUCAAAUCGAAGCGAAUAACUACACCAACACCUAUUCAGCUUCAAGGCAUACCCACAGCUUUCUCAGGACGUGAUAUGAUCGGCAUUGCGUUCACAGGGUCAGGCAAGACCCUGGCAUUCUGUCUACCACUUAUCAUGUUCGCUCUCGAGGAAGAGUCUAAACUACCAUUCAUCCGAGGCGAAGGUCCUGUUGGUGUCGUCCUCUGCCCUUCACGAGAGUUGGCUACCCAGACAUAUGAGAAUGUCUUGACAUGGACCGCUGCUCUUGCGAAGGACGGACAAUACCCGCAACUCAAUACCCUGUUGUGCAUCGGUGGUAUCGCCAUGGGAGAGCAAAGUCAUGUGCUGAAUAAGGGUCUUCAUAUCGUUGUGGCGACACCUGGUCGUUUGAUUGAUAUGCUCGAGAAGAAGCGUUUCACGUUCGACAACUGCAAAUAUCUGUGCAUGGACGAGGCGGAUCGAAUGAUUGACCUGGGUUUCGAGGAUGACGUGCGAAAUAUUAUGAGUUUCUUCAAGCGUCAACGACAAACUCUUCUGUUUUCGGCUACUAUGCCACGGAAGAUUCAAGAUUUUGCUCAGCAAUCACUUGUGAAACCGGUGCUCGUGAACGUUGGACGUGCGGGUGCCGCCAACUUGGAUGUGCUUCAGGUCGUCGAAUAUGUCAAGCAGGAAGCUAAGAUGGUGUACCUUUUGGAGUGCCUUCAGAAGACACCACCGCCUGUUAUCAUCUUCAGCGAGAACAAGAACGAAGUCGAUGAUAUUCAAGAGUAUCUUCUCCUGAAGGGUGUUGAAGCCGUCGCGAUUCACGGAUCGAAGACCCAGGAGGAGCGUCAGUAUGCGAUCAAGUCUUUCAAGUCUGGGGCCAAGGAUGUCAUGGUCGCGUCUAGUGUUGCAUCGAAGGGUCUGGACUUUAACGACAUUCAGCAUGUUAUCAUCUUUUCUAUGCCCAAGGAGAUCGAGGACUACGUGCAUCAGAUUGGACGUACGGGCCGUAGCGGAAAGACUGGUAUUGCAACAACCUUCGUGAACAUGAAUACCCCGGAGCAGACGUUACUUGAUCUGAAGUAUCUCUUAAUCGAGGCAGGCCAAAAGGUUCCACCUUUCCUACAGAGCAUCGACGAUCCUCGUGCUGCUCAAGGUGGCUCACUCAAGGGAUGUCCCGUUUGUGGAGGUCUUGGACACGGUAUCUCGAAUUGUCCAAAGCUGGAAGAUACACAGCGGAGACAGAUGGCCUCACACCGUGGUGCAGACGAGAGGGAUGGCGGAUACUGAGUGUUUGUUGUACGAUAGAGUGUUACCUACGCUAUUUCAUGUGCACAUUUUAUGUCUUGCUUCGUAGUGGUUUAUAAAGUUCGUGUUUGUAGAACACGAACCUUAAAUCUGGAUAUGUCGUCGUGAAUGGGAUCAAAU